GGGAGGAGCCGGGCGCGGAGGUCCGUGCGGUGGAGCUCAGGGCUGCCGACUCGAACCGAGCCGAGCGGCUGGGCGGGCCUGGCCAGGUCAGCAGAGCGGAGACGGGGGUCGAGCGGUGGCGAACAUGCGCUUUUGACACACUGGAGGCUUUCUUGAUCAUGGAUGGUGAAGAUAUACCAGAUUUUUCAAGUUUAAAAGAAGAAACUGCUUAUUGGAAGGAACUGUCCUUGAAGUAUAAACAAAGCUUCCAGGAAGCUCGGGAUGAGCUAGUUGAAUUCCAGGAAGGAAGCAGAGAAUUAGAAGCAGAGUUGGAGGCACAAUUAGUUCAGGCUGAACAAAGAAAUAGAGAUCUGCAAGCUGAUAACCAAAGGCUAAAAUAUGAAGUGGAGGCAUUAAAGGAAAAACUAGAACAUCAGUACGCACAGAGCUACAAGCAGGUUUCAGUAUUAGAAGAUGAUUUAAGCCAGACUCGGGCUAUUAAAGAGCAGUUGCAUAAGUAUGUGAGGGAGCUGGAGCAGGCCAAUGAUGACCUGGAGCGGGCAAAAAGAGCAACAAUAGUUUCAUUGGAAGACUUUGAACAAAGGCUAAAUCAGGCCAUUGAACGAAAUGCAUUUUUAGAGAGUGAACUGGAUGAAAAGGAAUCAUUGUUGGUCUCUGUACAGAGGUUAAAGGAUGAAGCAAGAGAUUUAAGGCAAGAGCUGGCAGUCCGGGAAAGACAACAGGAAGUGACUCGAAAGUCUGCCCCUAGUUCUCCGACUCUAGACUGUGAAAAGAUGGAUUCUGCCGUCCAAGCUUCACUCUCCUUGCCAGCUACUCCUGUAGGCAAAGGAACAGAAAACAGUUUUCCUUCACCGAAAGCUAUACCAAAUGGUUUUGGAACCAGUCCACUAACUCCUUCUGCUAGGAUAUCAGCACUAAACAUCGUGGGGGAUCUCUUACGGAAAGUAGGGGCUUUAGAAUCCAAAUUAGCAGCUUGCAGGAAUUUUGCAAAGGACCAAGCAUCACGAAAAUCCUAUAUUUCAGGGAACGUUAACUGUGGGGUGAUGAGUAGCAAUGGCACAAAGUUCUCUCGGUCAGGACACACGUCCUUCUUCGACAAAGGGCAAGAAAAAGUCAUAUUUCCCACGUUGUUCAUGGGGCAGUGAACGGCUUUGAUCCGGCUCCUCCUCCUCCUGGUCUGGGCUCUUCGCGCCCCUCCUCAGCUCCGGGUAUGCUGCCUCUCAGUGUGUGAGUGCCCAGCCUCCAGGUGGGGGCCCCGCCCUCCUCCAGCAGCCCAGGACACCCACGCCUCGCCCUUCGGUGCCUGGGCCCAGCCGUGUGCCCCUCCGUCUGCCUCCCCACAGUUGGCAGAGGGCAGGCUGCAUGCAGUGGCGGCUGCUGGGCCCUCCCCAGCCCUAGGACCCCGCGCGAUAUCAAUACUGGCUAUUUUCUCUUCUUGCCGUAGUGCCGUUGGUUUCACAUGAUUGCACUUUUGUGGGUCACAAGGUGAUACAUGUGUGUAUUACUCAGUCAUUGGAUGCGGAAGUACCCGUUCAUCACACCUGCCUCAUAGCCCCCACUCUGCUGUGCUGAUAGGAUUUAGUUGUGUUUAGGACAUUACAGAUCUUCUAGAACUUCUCCCCCAAUCAGGUUGAUGUGUGCCCUUCUGAGCUCCUACCCAAGCAUCUUCAGUGCUCAUAAUCAUGUGUCCCCCCAGCUCCACCCCUGCCGUUUGAGCCUGUUUUUGGCGAAGAGUCAGGAAGGUCACUGAAUUCGGGAACACUGUCUGCACCUUCUCAUUUUACGUAAGCAGUUUCCAUUCCAUGGGAUUGCCUCCCGAAGCAGCCUUCAGGGCUGGGCACGCGCGCCUCACACUUGGGAGGUGGUGGCAACUCCCCCCCCCCCCGCCCGCCCCCCAGCUUUCUGGUCCUCCAGUUCAACGACAUCUUCAGAGCAUUUUUGUUUUCUCUUCUGAAGGUCUGUCCAUUGCGUUGGGGAAAGGUUGAGGGGCCUGGUUCUGGGGCUCGCCCAUGCCAGCUUCUGGGGGCAGACUGACCAAAAGUGGUUGUCCCUUGCAUCCUUUGAUUGCUCUCAUGCUGCACUUACUGUUUACAUUUGUUUUAUUGUACAUAGGUUUGUAAACAUUAUUGCCUAAGAUAUUUGUAUAUAACUUGGGCUUUGUAGCUUUUAUUUAUUCAGAACUCAUAUGGCAUGUUAAUGACUUAUGAUGGUGUCCUACUUUGGGCAGCUGUAUAGGAUCAUCAUGUGGCUAAAAAACAAAAUACUUCCCCUCUGAAAGAAAAUCUUUUAAUGUGUACACAAUAAAUUUCACAGAAAAUAA